CUGCAAUGUCCGUGCUUUUUGCAUGAUUGGGCUUUGUUGACAGCUCGGGUUUGUUGUGUUUCCUCAGUCAGUCCAUCGUGUUCAGUUUUAGUUCUCUGUUCCAAGUCCGACGGUCGCUUUUUGGAGGCUCUGCUCCAGCCAAUUGGCAAAUACCAGGUCUAACGUGAGACGCUUCCUAGCUUGUCUGUGGUUCUCAUGCUUCUACACAUCAGUCUCUCUGCUCUUCCCUUCUCACUAAUGGAUAUUCCACUGGCUCGCUCAUGGGGUGUCCACCGACAAGGGGCGUUACAAGGCCCUAUGACAAUAGGGCAGGAUAUCCCUCCAGUCUUUGCAGUUCAGCGCCAUGCUACAUACGGGCCACUUCGCAUAUUCUUUACCACAAUCAACCUGCAUUAUGCAGCCGGUGCCAUUCUGUCACUUUAUCUCGCGUGGAUAUCCGACCCUUCCUUACACCAUAGCUGGGCAACCAUCACGAUUCUGACUAGGGCGUGAUGAUCGACUAAUGCAUGGGGAGGGCCGCUGGUAUCUUCACACUCAGCUGAUUGAAGUCUCCGUUCAUCCGGUGUCUAUCCCC